AUGUUUGACCCGGUUAAGUGGAUCCUACGGCUUUUCUACUAUUACUCCCGUCUCCUUGGGGUGAUCAACUUUGAAAUUGACGUGAGAACAGGUCGAGCGCGAAUUACGAGAUUAGCUUCGAUCUAUGCUAUCAUCAUCAAUGGACUGAUCUUUAGUGUCUUUGCAAUAAUGACGUGUAUGAUGUACACAUUAACAACAGUAACCGAUUUAAUAGGCUCGCACUAUUACUUUGUAAUGCUGAAUGCUCAUAGCCACUACAUUCUCGUCAAUCAAGAGAUCGAAGCAAUUCUCUCCAAUAUUCAUUCCUUAGAGUCUGAAAAUCGAAGGGCUGCAUUCAUGUCAAAAUGUUGCUCCUUAGCCGACCAACUGGACGACGUCGCCCGACAACAGUCCAAACUACAGGCGCUCGUCGAGAGCAUAACUCAUAUAUUUGAUAUACAGGGUGUCUGCAUAUCUGUCAUUUUUUACUUCUCCACGAUCGGUGCUAUCUAUUUUACUUUCGCGACUUUCAUAUUAAACAAGGGUGUCGUUUGGACCGCCGCAUUUAUUAUGUGGUAUUUACUUACAAUGGGCUCUUUCUACGCGGACGCUGUGAUCACGAUCGACAAUUUCUACAUUGUCUUAGAUGUCCAUGCCGAUAUGGUCAGACUGCUGGAACAGUUCUCAACGAUCGCUCCAGGGUUGGACGAGCGACUGGAGGAAGUCAUCGAGACAUUUCAGCUUCAGUUGAGGCGAAAUCCCUUGAAGAUUCGUCUUAUGCAUUGCUACAACGUGGAACGAUCAGAACUAAUUGCAAUGGCCAGUUCAAUAAUAAUGAAUUCUGUGGUCCUGAUUCAAUAUGAAUUGAAAAAUUUAAAUAAAUAA